AAACUGUUCUUAGGUUAGUUUAGCUGGUGCUAGCAGGUGAGACGAGUGUGGUAGGGGCUGAACCAUGUGGAUUUACCGACGAAUUUUUUAAUUAUUCGAGAAGUGGACUACAACAGGAGAAGCGCAGUCUAACAUGGGCGGUGUUAAGUCAAUACAUUUGACCCUUUAUUUGGGCGUUGUUUAGACAUCUGACUGCCUUACCAAUUGCCAUUAUAAUAGACGUACAAUUCUAGUGGCAUUUUGGUAGUUAGUUUGUCUUUACCACAGCAACAGUUUUAGCGUUUUAUUGAAUGAAACUGAAUGACCAAAGGUACACCGCGAGUUUCGCAACUUAAUCAUUCAGUAACAUCUUUUGGCUGUUUUUUUACGACUUUAUUAUGGCUUUUGCUAAAUUCAGCAAAAUACUUCGGCUUUCCUCGUUGGACAUCAAAAAGAAAGUCAAACAAUACGAACACGUUCACCGGGACUUAAACCCAAACGAUAUAUGGGACAUUAUCGGGGAACUGGGCGAUGGAGCCUUUGGCAAAGUUUACAAGGCGAAAAACAAAGAGACGGGUGUCCUGGCUGCCGCCAAGGUGAUCGAGACGAAGAGCGAGGAAGAGCUGGAGGACUACAUGGUGGAGAUCGACAUCCUGGCGUCCUGCGACCACCGUUACAUCGUCAAGCUGCUGGACGCCUUCUACUACGACAACAAGCUUUGGAUCAUGAUUGAAUUCUGUCCAGGGGGAGCUGUUGAUGCAGUGAUGUUGGAGCUGGACCGGGGGCUGUUGGAGCCGCAGAUCCGGGUGAUCUGCUGGCAGAUGCUGGAGGCCCUGGUCUACCUGCACGGCAUGAAGAUCAUCCACCGCGACCUGAAGGCCGGGAAUGUCCUCCUCACUCUGGAGGGGGACAUCAAACUGGCGGAUUUUGGCGUGUCGGCGAAGAACACCAAAACCCUCCAGAGGCGCGACUCCUUCAUCGGAACGCCGUACUGGAUGGCUCCUGAGGUGGUCAUGUGCGAGACCAUGAAGGACGCUCCGUACGACUACAAGGCCGACAUCUGGUCGCUGGGCAUCACGCUGAUCGAGCUGGCCCAGAUCGAGCCCCCCCACCACGAGCUCAACCCCAUGAGGGUCCUGCUGAAGAUCGCCAAGUCCGAGCCCCCCACCCUGGAGCUGCCGGGGAAGUGGUCGCGAGAGUUUAAGGAUUUUCUGAAAACGUGUUUGGAUAAGAAUCCUGAGAGCCGGCCAAAUGCUGCACAGCUUCUGGAGCACCCCUUUGUUAGCUCGGUGAAGACCAAUCGGCCGCUGCGAGAGCUGGUAGCUGAGGCGAAGGCCGAAGUCAUGGAGGAAAUCGAGGACAAUAGAGAGGAAGGAGAAGAGGAGGACCCGGCCGAGCUCUCGUCUGCCCCGGCCAAGGAUCCCUCAGAAACCAGUCAGACCAGUCUGGAAGGGGACCACCCGGCCGACCUGCCCGUUCAGCCUUCCCUGGAGGACGCGAAACAGGCCAGCCCCGAAAAGGACCGGUCGGACAGCCUGGGCCGGGACAAGCUGUCGGACGAGGGCUUCGGGACCUGCGACCCGGACAAGCCCGAGAGCGAGACGUCCGUCAAGACCUCCAGCUCCGACUCCGGGAUCGAGGACGGCAAGAGCACGCCCACCUCGGAGGAGGGCAAGCCCGCGGCCACGCCCGAGACGGAGGUCCCGCCCCCUCUCGCGGCCCACCCGGGACCGGGGAAACCCGAAAGCGAGGUGGAGGCCGUGGACGGCCCCGUCGACGCGGUGACCGGGGCUCUGCCCCGCCUCCAGCUCAACAGGGGCCUGAGGAAGGAUUCGGAGGAGCUGCCGUCGCCGGGGGAGGGGCCCGAGCACCUGAGCGGCCCCCCGGUGCGGGCCAAGAGGAAGGCGUCCCAGCGGUACUCUGACACGGGCAGCACCUCCGCCUCGGACAGCGCCGACCUCAGCCUCAACCUGUCCGGGGACAUGACCGUCAACAAAGAGACCGGCACCAUUUCCGUCAGGGACUCCCGUUUCUCCAGCAAGACUCUGAAGCGCACCAGGAAGUUUGUCGUGGACGGCGUGGAGGUCAGCGUGACCACGUCCAAGAUCAUCGGCGACGAUGAGAAAAAGGACGAGGAGAUGAGGUUUCUCAGGCGUCAGGAGCUGCGGGAGCUGCGUUUGCUGCAGAAGGAGGAGCACCGUGCUCAGGCUCUGCUCAACGCCAAGCUGGACGCUCAGAAGGACCAAAUGCAGCGUCGCUUCGACCAGGAGAUGAACACCAAGAAGAAGUACUACGACACGGAGCUGGAGAGCCUGGAGAAGCAGCAGAAGCAGACCAUCGAGAAGAUGGAGACGGACCACGCGGUGCACCUGCGGGACGAGACCAAGCGCAUCCGCUCCGAGCAGGAGAAGGAGCACAGCCGCUUCCAGGAGCAGCUCAAGAACAAGAAGAAGGAGGUUAAGCGGGAGGUUGAGAAAAUGCCGAGAAGCCAGAGAAAGGAAAGCCUGAAACAGCGAAUGGGCUCAUUUCAGCAGACCAAACAGACGGAGGAGCAGAAGUUCCUGGCGGCGCAGAAGGAGAAGCUGGACACCCUGCUGAAGAGCAUCACGGCGGAGAACAAGCGGGAGAUCUCCGAGACCGAGCGGCAGUGCCUGGAGAAGAAGCAGCACCUGAUCCGAGAAAGGGAAGCUGCUAUCUGGGACAUGCAGGAGCAUAACCUCCAUGAGAGGCACCAGCUGUUGAAACAGCAGUUGAAAGAUCAGUACUUCCUCCAGAGACACCAGCUGCUGAAGAAGCAUGAGAAGGAGCAGGAGCAGAUGCAGUGCUAUAACCAGCGCAUGGUGGAGCAGCUGAAGGCGCGGCAGCAGCAGGAGAAGGGCCGCCUGCCCAAGAUCCAGCGCAGCGAGGGCAAGACGCGCAUGGUCAUGUUCAAGAAGAGCCUGCGCAUCAACUCCACCGGCAGCGCCGCCGAGGACCGCGAGAAGAUCAAGCAGUUCAGUCUGCAGGAGGAGAAGAGGCAGAAGGCCGAGCGGCUGCACCAGCAGCAGAAGCACGAGAACCAGAUGAGGGAGAUGGUGGGCCAGUGCGAGAGCAACGUCAGGGAGCUGCAGCAGCUGCAGAAUGAGAAAUGCCACCUGCUGAUAGAGAAUGAGACCCAGCGGCUGAAGUCUCUGGACGAGAUGCACAACCAGCAGCUGAGAGAGUGGAGGGAGCUUCUCAAACCCAGGAAAAAGGCCCUGGAGGACGAGCUGAACCAGAAGAAGAGGGAGCAGGAGCUCUUCUUCAAGAUGAGCGAGGAGUCAGAGUGCCAGAGUCCCAGCUCGCCCAACAAGCUCACCAAAUUCCUCCCUUACUCCGACUCGUCCACCACGUAACUCCCAGCAGCCCCUGCGGCGCACCUCAGGACCAAUCGCGGUCGAGCCCUCCGAGACUCCACUAGGCGUGGAAUUAACCAAUGAAGUCCAGUUUCUUUUUUUUUUUUUAAAUAGUCGUAUUUAUGUUUUUAAGUAACGUUUAUGUAUUUUCAUUUGAUUAACCGAUGCCAGGCUUACCUUUGUCUGCCAGAUAUUGUUUGAAAUUCCACCCCCCCAAGCCCUUCCCAAGCUAGCAGUAUUUCUAUAUCUCUGCAGUGCUGUUCAGUCCUUGCGGAUGGAUAUUGUAUCAGAUACAUCCCCGCCACCCCCGCGUUUCUUUUUUUGUUUUAUAUUUCCUGCUGAACACCCACCACCCCCUCGCCCCCCCCCAUAAUGUGUAGAGCCCCUGUUCUAACCCAGCCUGUCAUACAAAU